GUCUCAUGUACCUGCGCAGUCGGAUGGAUAUGGAAGACUGAAGAAGGUGGCAAUCCGCUCACUGCCGCUCAUUAUUCUGAUGUUCGAUUUGCCGUUUCCGACGUUCUCCGACACGAUUCUUCGGCUUUCUUCAGCAACUUGCCUGACGAAGACGUAUUCAACGAUCCGUUGAGCAUCUCACAAUGUUGCCCCUCGUACAGAUGCACCAGAUGGUGCAGCCACCAGUCGACUUUCUGAGCCACCGCCAGGUCCAGCUCAGGCCGGACUAUGCGCCGCAUCACAAUGGUUCCCACCUUGCACAGCCAUCACCACGCCUCCAUGGCACCGACUCAACUCCGCGAGCCUUCGCCAUCCGCAGCGCCCAGCACGUCCCGGCUCUGCACCGCAUCACAACCAACUUCACCCGGUUGCACGCGCACGACCAGGCUGAGCAUUCUUUGCGGCGGAAGACCCCCAAUGGAACCAUCGACAAUGGAUACGACGGGGCAUUGGCUCAUCUGGCUUCAGGCCCCCCACCGCUGAAGCACAUGAUUGUACCAGCUUCGUCCCAGAUCUUUCCAACCGCAAUGGUGCACAGACCGGCGAACCCAUCGGUUGAUGCUAUGUUCCAACAACCCCAGGUCGGCCCUUGGCCGUACUCGGGAACUGCCCCACCGGCCCAGUUUGAUGCUGGGAUGGAGGCUUUGAACGGCUCUACCGGGACACCACAAGGAUGGGGAAUGGGGUCCCCCAAUGGUGCGUUGGGUCCGGCGCCCGGAGACGGUGCGGUCUUCCCACAGCCCAUGCCCCAAGGGAACUAUCCUGCAACCCCCUUACAACCUCUCCUCGGGCCAGAGUAUCAGCAGCCCUUGUCGCAAACGAUCUACAGUCCAGGUGGUUACCAGCAGCCGGCAGCGUGGAGAGAUGGUGGUCUCGGCUCUCGGACAUUCAUCCCGCUUGCAAACAAUUACACGCCGCAGAAUUCGGUAGACUGCGCGUUUAUGUCACCGCAGUCCACGAUUCAUCACGGCCUGGCCAAUGCCCCUGGGCUGGGGCAGCCACAUCCUUUCAGCUUGCCGCUGCCCAGCCACCCGCUUGAUGAUGGCUUCGCUCGUUACGGUCAGAACCACUUGGCCCAGCGCGCCGCACAUCCUGCGCAUGGCUCUGUGCCAAUGAUGCCUAUGGCCGGUUAUCUUGCCAAGGCCGCUGCCAAGGGGGGAGCAGGUUCUGCAGCUCGCUUCAGGGAAUGGGCACUGCAGAGUGCUCACAAGGCUUACAACGACCUGCUACUCUAUCUCACGAGCGCCAAAAAGGCAAAUCAUGUCCGCAGCACCUCCGGGUCCAAGACAUCAUCCAAGAUGGUCGUGUACCCCAAGCCUUCGAUCACAGGCUCGGGCAGUGAGAACGCAAUGCGAUCGUUGUCUGGAUCAGUCGAGCCAACGGCUAGUCAUGCGCACAUGAUGGCACAAAAAGAGGCAGCAGCUCGAGCGUUCGCCUGUGGCCUCCCCCAACAACCAUAUCAAGAACUGGGCUCGCCUGUCCUCAACGCUAAGACAUCGUUGGAUAUGUUGUCUACUCUGUGCGAACAAAGCGGUUGGAAAUGGGUCGAGGGAAUGCUCCUGGGGGGUUGCCUUCAUUAUGGCCUGGAGCGGUAUGAGGAGGCGCUGGAAUGGUUCAGGCGUAUCAUGACUCUGGAUGAAAGCCACGUGGAAGCGAUCUCCAACAUAGCCGCGACGCUAUAUUGCCUGAAUAGGCACGAGGAGGCAGAGCAACACUGGGUGCGAGCAAUUAAGCUUCGCCCUAGCUAUCUGGAAGCUGUGGAGCACCUGGUGAGCUUCCUGUGCUCGGUGCACAGGAGCGCGGCGGCUGUGAAUGCCAUCGAGUUCGUCCAGGGCUCUCUGAAGAUCCGAGAUGAAUCGGGCGUGCCGCGAGAUCCUGCCAGUGAGACGGCCAGCGACGCUGAUUCUUCAUCGACGACUACACUUGCCGACUCGAAUCCCGACUCGUAUGUGCUGGACUCGGAAGCCAGCGACAGUCCCGACCGGCGAUUUGCUUCCAUGGUGGAGAACAGCAAGGCCCCUGGAUUUGGCUCCAGCGGCUACCGCAUCCCGGGGAGCGAGAAUGGCCGCAUGAUGCUACUUAUUCACGCCAAAGGGAAUAUACUGUACUCGCUCAAGGACAUCGACCGCGCCGCGGAGGCCUUUGAAGAGGUGGUGCUGAUCGGUGCUGGGAGGCAAUUCCGAGGGAUCCGCUCCCUCAUUCAGAGAAUACAAACUGUCCUAGCACCGAGGGACCCCAUGUCCGGACGGCAUCCGGGCUCCCCUCGCGAGAGUCUGUCCGCGCCCUUGCUGCUGACCCCAGAUAAAGCGAAGCUAACUGCUCAAUUUGUCUUCGCCCCUACCGGCGGCCAACUACCCGGGCUCCAGCAUGUGUCCGAAGGCGCUCACAAAAAGUCCGUGGUGGCGACGACAAGCAACUCGCUCCUCUCCCUGGCAAAGAUAUAUCAGGAUGCCAUGUCGGGCGGCGGGGUGAGCUCGGGUCUCGCCCGCCAGCCCGCUGGGGUGGGAGACAUUCUGUCCCUCUAUUAUCUCUCCCUGUCGCUCCAGGAGAGCCCUUCGACGGCCAACAAUGUGGGGAUCCUCCUCGCCGGCGUCCAGCAAACCUCGCCUGCACCGUCUCUGUCUGUCUCCGACUUGGGCCAGGCGGCAAGCAUUCCGGGAAUCGUCCCCGGCAGUGGGCUGGCGCUCGCGCUGGCCUACUACCGAUACGGCCUGACGUUAGAUCCCAAGCAUGUACACCUCCACACCAACCUGGGCAGUCUUCUCAAGGACAUUGGCCAACUAGACAUGGCCAUCUCGAUGUACGAGCAAGCAGUGGCGUGUGAUGGCACCUUCGACAUCGCCUUGACGAACCUCGCCAAUGCGGUCAAGGACAGAGGCCGGAUCAGCGACGCUAUCAAAUACUACCAAAGGGCCGUGGCUGCGAAUCCUGACUUUGCCGAGGCAGUUUGUGGCCUCUCAACUGCUCUCAACUCGGUCUGCGACUGGAGAGGCCGCGGCGGCGUAUUGCUUGCCGGCGGCAAGUAUGAUCGGUGGCACGUGGACGAUAAGGGCAUGCUUCAGGACGUCAAAAGUCGGGGCCAGGGCAGCGGGCUGAUGCAGCGCGUCGUUGACAUUGUCCGCCGCCAGCUGAAGGAGUCCGCGUCUUGGGGCCGGGGGCUUCUGCAGGAGCAGUCAAUCUUGCAACUGGCGGCGCAGCUCAGAGAUGCCGGUGCUCGCAGCUCGGACCGUUUUCUCGACCUGGAGGCCGAACUUCGAAAAUGGGCCGGAAGGCCAGGGGAGGGAUACCGAAUCCUGCGCCUCAUUGAGCGAGCGACGCUCGCCGCCAUGCGUCGCUGGUACCAGGAAAAGCAUAUCAUGGGCGUCCGGUCACCGGGCCCAUACCGCCGGCCAAAGCCUCCAGCGAGUCUCACGAUACCGUCGGCGCCGACCGUGCUACCCUUCCACACCUUCACCUACCCCCUGCCAGCCAAGGACGUCCGGAUGAUCUCCCAGAGGAACGCGCUGAGGAUAUCGUUCUCAACCCUCCGGUCUCCGUGGAUCCCGGCCACUGUGUAUGAGCCUCCGGCUCCGCCGAGCCCCCAUCUUAAUGUGGGCUACGUCUCCUCCGACUUCAAUAACCAUCCCCUGGCGCACCUGAUGCAAUCUGUUUUCGGCAUGCACGACCCGAAACGUGUGAAGGCCUUUUGCUACGCGACGACAGUUAGCGAUAGAUCCGUUCACCGCCAGCAGAUCGAGCGCGAGGCGCCUGUGUUCCGCGAUGUGAGCGCUUGGUCUUCCGACAGGCUUGUUGACCAGAUCGUCAAAGACAACAUCCACAUCUUGGUCAACCUCAACGGCUACACCCGCGGAGCUCGCAACGAGAUCUUCGCCGCGCGGCCGGCUCCGAUACAGAUGUCGUUCAUGGGCUUUGCUGGCACACUGGGUGCCGAGUGGUGCGACUACUUGCUGGCUGACGCCACCGCCAUCCCGCCGUCAACGCUCCGGCCCCACCGCAUCAACCUGACCCUAGGGGACGUCUUCCGCGACGAGGAGGAUGCUGACGCCGAGGAUUGGAUCUAUUCGGAGAACAUAAUCUUCUGCCGCGACACGUUUUUCUGCUGCGACCAUAAACAGUCGGCGGACGGGCACAACGAGAAGGGAAUGACGUGGGAGGAGGAUCAGAGGAGACGCUGGAAAAUGCGCAAGGAGUUGUUCCCCAACCUUCCAGACGACGCCAUCAUCCUCGGCAACUUCAACCAGCUGUACAAGAUCGACCCGACCACAUUCCGCACGUGGUUGCGCAUCCUCGCCGCCGCGCCGAAAGCCUACCUCUGGCUCCUCCGCUUCCCCGAGCUCGGUGAGACGCACCUGCGCCGGACCGCGCGUGACUGGAGCGGCGAGGGGGUCGCCCGCCGCAUCAUCUUUACCGAUGUCGCGCCGAAGCAGCAGCACAUCUCGCGCGCCCGUGUCUGCGACCUGUUCCUCGACACGCCCGAGUGCAACGCCCACACCACGGCCGCCGACAUUCUCUGGUCCAGCACGCCGCUGCUGACGCUGCCCCGGUACGAGUACAAGAUGUGCUCGCGCAUGGCGGCGUCCAUCCUGAAGGGGGCGCUGCCCAAGGGCGAGGAGGGCGAGCAGGCCGCGAGAGAGCUGAUCGCGAGGGACGAGAAGGAGUACGAGGAGUUUGCAAUCAGGUUGGCGAACGGACUAUCGUACCGCCCUCGUGUGCUACCCGCCUCUGCUGGUGCUGGUGCUGGUGCUGGUGUUGGGAGCGGGGGAAAUGCCGCUGGAGAGGUGUAUGGCGAGGGGGUUGGCAGGCUGGCCGAGUUGCGGCGGCUGCUGUUUGAGAGCAAGUGGACUUGUGCGCUGUUCGAUACCAGGCGCUGGGUCAGGGAUCUAGAGGAGGCGUAUGACAUUGCGUGGGACAGAUGGGUGAAAGGUGAAGGUGGGGAUAUAUACCUCUGAGAGGGAUAUCAUUGAUUCUGUUUUCUGGCGGUUUUUGCUAUCUGCGGGCGUCAACUAUACCAUGACUCCGUCCGGGAUGGCACGGAGCGGGUGGGAAAAUGGGCUGACCGGUCUUGGGUCGGAAAGGGUUUAUUUGGGCUGGCAUGCUCAACCGGGGUUCCCGUGGGUUAGGUCCCCGUGGGCGGGCGCAUGG